CAUAGAAGUAGUAGAAGAAGGAGACCCGGAAACUGUCGAGCUUUCGUCACCGAGUGACCCAGUUAGCUGCCAAGAUUAACUGAAAAAUCCGAAUGGCAAACAAGUAAUUUGGUUACGCUGUUUGUAAAUACUUAUUUUUAUAAUGACUCGUUUGCGCAGUCGUACGUUGGGAGCAAAAUGAGUGUAAUAACAAGCAAAAUGGAUUACUCAAUGUUGCUAUUUUGAUUAGCUAUGCUAACCAACAUAAAGAUGAAUUGUCGAACGUUAGCUGCGCUCUCGAUCAACUAGAAAGGUUUGCCUAGUCCAGUACGAGCAUAUGUUUUGUUUCGCGGGCCGAUUGGUAAUUAGGCAGUGAAAGUGUUCAAAGGAUACUUCUAUUCGUCGGAUCCUUUUGAUGUUCAGUGUCUCGGAAAGAAACCAAUCAGUCCCAUGUCUGCUGAGGCGUCAGUCGGCAGUCAUGCUGCAAACACUGCCCAGUCUGCUGUUUCCCAGCCUGUUUUCCAGAGCACUGUUGAAGACAGACAUCAGGGUCUGUUGGGAAGCAAAUAUGUCAAGUUGAAUGUGGGUGGCUCACUUCAUUAUACAACUGUCCAGACAUUGACCAAGGAGGAAAGCCUGCUGCACAGCAUUUGCAACGGAGGUACCGAGGUCAACAUUGACUCAGACGGCUGGGUGAUUUUAGAUCGAAGCGGUCGACAUUUUGGGCUCAUUUUGAACUUCCUGCGGGAUGGUUCGGUACCGCUCCCUGAUGACCACAGAGAACUUGAUGAGGUCCUGAAGGAGGCCCAGUACUACAGGGUCCAGGGGCUUAUCCAACACUGCCUCACUGCCAUGCAGAAGCAAAAGGACAUAUUUGAAAGUGUGUGUCGCAUCCCAAUGAUCACAUCAGCCAAAGAGGAGCAGAGGAUGAUUGCGACAUGCAGAAAGCCUGUGGUAAAAUUGCAAAACAACAGAGGAAAUAACAAGUACUCGUAUACCAGCAAUUCAGAUGACAACUUGUUGAAGAACAUCGAACUUUUUGACAAACUUGUACUCCGCUUCAAUGGCCGCGUCCUGUUUGUCAAAGAUGUUCUCGGGGAUGAGAUUUGCUGUUGGUCGUUUUACGGCGAAGGUCGUAAGAUAGCCGAAGUAUGCUGCACGUCCAUCGUCUAUGCCACGGAGAAGAAGCAGACCAAAGUUGAGUUUCCCGAAGCUCGGAUUUUUGAAGAAACUCUUAAUAUCCUCAUUUAUGAGAAUGGCCGAAGAUCCGGUCCCGGGGGCUUACACCUCUUCGACUCUCGAGGCCCCGGUUCAUCGGUGGGCACUGGCCAAUCGGAGGAAGAGGGCGCAGUGGGCGGGGACAGACGAGUAAGGAGGAUCCACGUCAGGAGACACAUCAUGCACGAUGAGCGAGGGCACGGCCAGCAAACUGUGUACAAGGAUUAACAAUGUGAAGACAAAAGAGGCUCGCCGCAGGAACCUGUUCCAUGACGUCUUCAUUGUCAGUCGUCACAUUAGACGUCACCGCCCAAGUUGAGGUGUAACUGGAGAAAGGUGAAAAUGUUUACAAGAUAAAUAAUAGCGUCCAGUUUUGAAAUAGGCGAAAUAGCCUGGGUCACGACACUGGCAUCAAUAUGAUUUCAAUAUUCUUCGCCUUCUAUUGACGGGGGUGUUGAUGAUAUGCACUGGCAGCCCCCCCCGCGGUGGGGCGUU